GCGUACAAGCCCGAUCUGUGUCUGGUCCCAGGUCAACGGUGAACGAAAGAUGGCCGCGCUUCGAGCAGGUUGCUGGGCCCGGGCCCUUCAGAAAGUUAAAGGGCAAGGAUUUAAACAUAUGUUUUUUGGUGCAAGAACAGCCGCCGGACUUUCGAAGGAUGCGCUCCCUGGCUCAUAUCCUAAAACUCCCGAGGAGAUAGCUGCGGCUGCUAAGAAGUAUAAUAUGACAGUACAAGACUACCAACCUUAUCCGGAUGACGGCAUGGGGUUUGGAGACUAUCCAAAGCUGCCAGACAGGUCACAGUCAGAGAGAGACCCCUGGUAUUCAUGGGACCAUCCUGACCUGAGGAGGAACUGGGGAGAGCCGAUGCACUGGGAUUUUGACAUGUUCAUCAGGAACCGUGUAGACACAUCCCCCACUCCCAUGGAUUGGAGGACGAUGUCCGGUACUCUUCUUGGAUUUGUGGGGUUCAUGUUGUUUAUGUUUUACGUCGGCGAAGUGUUCCCAUCUUACCAACCUGUGGCACCUAAGCAGUAUCCAUACAAUAACCUGUACUUGGAGAAUGGAGGGAACCCUGAGAAAGAGGCAGAGGAAGUGAAGAAUUAUAAAAUCUAAAAUGUUAAAAUAUGUCUGUUCUGUUCCAUGUUUCUGUUAUCCUAAUAAAGUAAUAACUUAAAACA